GCAACAACAAAAACGCGCCUAGUGUCGAAAGCGGCCGGCGAUUGAUAGGAAGAAAUCACGCAUACACAACGCCACCCGAAACGUGGCGGAACACGGCGGGACGUUUUCGGUCGCGUAGACAAUUAAUUAAAAGCCACUUCAACGGCCAGCUUCACCACCGCCCUCCUCGUGAUGGCCCGGGUGGCACUUUAAAAGCAUCUUUCACGUGCCCCUAACAUGUCCGUCUGUGUGUGUGUAUGCUAGAAAGGGCUGCUCACGCAACAAAACAUAAAUAAAACGAAACUCACCGCAAACGAGAGUGGCGAUGAGUGAUGAUGAGGUGAGUAACUGCUGAGCUCCCUCAACUGAGCUCUCCAAACGAAAAUUGAGCUACAAAGCCGAGUGAACUGAGCAAAUUUUUUUGCCGAACCCUACGUUCGUGCAGGGCGAGUUUCCUUUGACCCUUCGGGCGGUGAGUUUUCCGACUUUUCUCGGCUCGGAAAAGUCAGUCGUAUCGUUGCCUCGGUUCCGUGUGGUUCGGUGUCUCUGUGCGGGGUUUUGUCGCUCUAUUAAAACAGUGCAGUCAGUGCUUACAACAGAAAAAGAGGAUUCACAUUGUGAGCAUGAUUACAAACGUUCGAUGCAUCUACCAUGUGAAAGUGUAGCAAAUUGGUAGCCCCGCUCGCAUCGGUCGUGUCUGUUUUCGCCCGUGAGUGAAAAUUAAACCCACCAACACACAUGUGGUGUCUUCUCUCGUACUACCUCGGCUUGCGGCAGCAAAUGUGAAAUCCCAUGCCAAAAAGAAAAUUAAACGCGCUGAAAGUUCCGAGAAAACGAAAGGAAAGCAAAAAGGCGUCGAGCGAGUUAAAUUAUCCAGCGCCGGUGUAAUGAUAAGUGAUUAUUAAGUGAAAGAUCUCAGAUAAGAGGAGAGGCAAUCGCACCCAAGAUUUUGGGGUUGAACGUGCCCCCAAGUGUAGCGGGGCCAGUGCGCAUUUCUAUACCACGGCUACCAGGAAGGCCAUCAUCCUUCCGAGCCGGUUGCCUUUUAAGUUUCCUUCUUAUCCCUCAUCCCUAAAGCUCGAGCGCUCCCAGCUUGGGUCCGAUUUUGCUGGAAAAGGUUGCUGGAUAAAGAGGAAGUAAAUUUCCCCUUCUUGUCUGUUUUUUACUCGAGCAGAAGGCUGUGCUUUUGCUGCUUUGCUUGCUACAAAAGCGAAAAGAAAAGAAGGCGUUGCAGUGAUGGUGGUGUCUGUGUAGCCUGUGCUUGUGCCCGGGCAGGAAACCUUUAAUGGAGGCGCCUAAUCUUAUCGGUGCGGUUUAAAGACGCAAAACGGUGCGCUCGCAGCAUGCGACAGAUGGUCGUGGAGUGAAAGAGUGAAAUUAAAAAUUGUAUUCCUCAAUUAGUUACAUGUGCGGCGUGCGGUGAAGUUUGGCCUGGCCCGCACGAUAAGAAAAGCGUUGUGAAUGGUACGGUGGUGACAGCUGGAUUAAAACGAAGCAGUGAGAUCAAAUCGUUGGAAGGCGAACAGUGAACUUAAAAGAACCAACCCACCCCGUCCGAUCAAUGCAUGAGUGCGGAGAUGCAACGGGCAACGGUUUGAUUCCGGAGUGCGCGCACAUCGUUACGAAGCGCGUGUUGGACGAUGACGAUGACGUCCAGUGUCACCAGCAAGUGGCCCGUCGAUAGGCUACGAUCCACUCGAUCCAUCAACAGUUCGAUUGUGUCCACGAGACGGUAGAUUUAAUUAGCAUUUUUGUACGCAGUUUUCUAUCACGUUCGUCACGGUUAAACAGAGCGCGCGCGAGAGAGAGAGAGACCGUGCCAGUGCAAACCCCUCCGUGUCUCCGAGUGCAAGGGAAACAGUGCAGACCGCACCGACCAGUGCCCGGUGUCGGAAGCCGAACUCAACCCCAGGGAGGCACCAUGGUGCCGCUAAAGGCAAACAGUCGCGUCAUCAUCUACUCGUCCACGCUCGUGCUGCUGGUGUUUCUGCAGCAGGUGUACACGUUCUGCCCGUCGAUAUGUACCUGCGAGGGCGACCCGAACGUGCGGACGUGGUGCAUCGGGGCCGGGCUGGACGUCGUCCCGAUCCAGCUCAAUCCGGACGUGCGCUACAUCAACCUGACCGCGAACCGGAUCACCAACGUGCACUUUACGCUCACCUUCUACUACAAGCUGGAGGUGCUCGAUCUGGCCGGCAACCGGAUCGAGGCGCUCGGGUCGCGCAACUUCGACACGCAGCAGGCGCUGCGUACGCUCAAUCUCAGCGAUAAUGCGAUCGUCUCCAUACCGAAGGAUGCGUUCCGGGGGUUGCAGCGGCUGCAAACGCUCAAGCUGUGCGGCAAUCGCAUCGACACGAUACACCCGGCCGCCUUUCACGAUCUGCGCAAUCUGAUCGAGCUGGAUCUGGAGGGCAACGCGCUGACCAGCCUGGAGCCGAGCACGCUGCGCCACCUGUACUCGCUCGAGGUGCUUUCGUUUCAGAACAAUCAGCUGCUCGAGGUGCCGUACGAGCGGAACCUGGAGCAUCUGGGGCAGCGGCUGCAGCUGCUCGACCUUUCCGUCAACCUGCUCGAGUACAUCGCGAACGAUAGCUUCGUGGCGUUGCGGGAGCUGCGUACGCUCCGGCUCGGCGGCAACAUACUAACCGAGCUGGACUAUGGGGCGUUCCACGGGCUCAGCGGACUGAAGGCGCUCGACAUCGUUGACAAUAAUCUUACAGUUGUGCCAACACUGCAAUUAUCAAAAUUGUGUAAUUUAACGUAUUUAUCGCUGAGCGGAAACUACUUCGAAAGUCUGCCGGCGGUCGCAUUUCUGAACCUGUUCCAGCUGCAGCAGCUCCACCUCGACCGGCUCGAUCGGCUGCAGCGCAUCGAUGCGAGAGCGUUCGUGGACAAUGCGGCCCUGCGGAUUCUCACCCUGGACGAUAAUCCAUCAUUUGCGAGCUUACCGCUGCGACUGUUUCACAGCAACCCGAACCUGGCCGAGAUUUCGAUGCGCCGCAACGCGCUGAUCCGGCUCGACGCCGUACACUUCCCGCUCGACCGGCUGCACCGACUCGAGCUCGGGGGCAACCCGCUCGUCUGCAACUGCUCCCUGCUGUGGCUGUGGCGGCUUACGACCGGCUACGGCCUACACGAGGCCGGCGACUUUCAGCUGAUUGUGCCGGCGGCGGCAGCGGCCGCAGCACUCAUUACCGCCGCCCAGCCGGAGGAGCAGCAGGAGCAGGCGGAGAGUCUGCUGCCGCCACGAUCACACCACGGCCCGCUGUACGUCGAUCGGGACGAGAUCGGGUGCGAUCGGGUGGAGGAUGGCCGGCGGACGCGCCAUCUGCUGCGCGCGAUGACCGAAAGCGACAUCGACUGUCCGACCCAUCUGGUGACGGUGAUUAGUGCGGUGCUGAGCAUUCUGCUCGUACUGGCGACCGGUGCCAGCGUGCUGUACGUGUUGCGGUUGUCGAAGCGCCGCAAGCAGCUGCUCGCCGAUGAGGACGAUCCACGGCGCCGGUCCGGCGUUACGGAGCUGAUCGUACCGCAGAAGGUGGACAAGCUGGAGCUGGAGCGCUACCUAGCCCAGCAGCAGUCGCUGGUGCACGAGUACCGUACGCUGCGGGCACCCUGGGAGCUUCCACUGCCGGUAAAGGAGGACCUGAAGUAUGGGAGUGUGGCGGCAACGGGUCGCGAUCUGAGCGGUGCGAAUAGUGGGCACUCUACCACGGACCACUACGAAACGCUCGACUACUACCAGCAUCAACACCAACAGCAGCAGCAGCAACAGCAGCAGCAGCAAAAGCGAACCACUCUCUCCCGUCCACACAUCGUUUUCGUAUGACUCUAGACCGGCCGACGUCACCGGGGCUACUGCACUGGGCGAAGAAGUACCAGCAGCGUCACGCCACUGCUGGAGUUCGAGAGCGCCGUCUGAAAUUCCCUCAUCCGCCGAUCGAAAUCUCCGGAAGUGCUGCAUGGUAAGUCUGCCCGAAACUGAGCGCGCGCGCUCGCCCGCACACAACCAUUACGCGCUUCGGAAUUCGGAAACAAUCCGCGGAGGCAAACCCCAACCUUUUUCACCUUUUCAUGGACACAACCAAAGAUAUACACACGCACAUCCAUAUACGUACACAAGUGGAUUAUGCUUUUUGGCUGGAAAAUGGUCGUGGGCAGCAGGCAAACAGCUAAAGCAACGAUGAUUUGCAUUGGAAAUGCACAAAGAAAGCAACAACCCAAAGCAACAACAAAAAACAACGGAACAUAGAAAAGAAAAACCAUAAAAAGGAUAAUCCUUCAAACACCAGACAGAAUAGCAGCACAGAGAUGAAAUAAAACAGCAAACGCACAACCGCGUCUUGGGAAUAGGGGAAUAGGGAUGGCACAACAGUAAGGGUGGGAAGCAUAGGAAUGGAAUUGCCAGAAAUGAAGAUUGAAGUGCGGUGACAGGUGACGUCAGAGAAAACGAUGAUGGCCGGUGAGUAAUACAAAAAAAAACUGGGAAUCGUUUCCGAGGAGGGGUCUGGUAACCCAGGGGUGGUGUUCCCGAGGACCGACGGCCUUAGGUUUAGGUUAUGCAAAAAUGUGUAAAUUAAAUGUAGCGAAGAUGCGAAAGCGAGCACAGCAAGGAAACUGUGGUGGGAUAAAAUGGAGCGAAGAAAACAUUAUAUUAAUGAUUAUAGCAGUGGCAGUGGCAGCAGCACCAGGUAACACGCGAAAGGCGGUAGGUUAAGACGGGAAAUGAAACUUCACGUGAAUACCUUUUUUUCUGUCCUUUUUAUUUUGUUUAUUAUUUUGCACAAUUCGUUAUUUUUUUAAACUGACAGACAGAUUUUUAACAACACAAACAAAUAACAUCAGUUGAAAUAUUUAAAAAAAGGUAAUUAUUUUCUUUACCCUAUGGUAAUCUUGGCUUUCUUUUGUGAAAACUAAAAACUGUCUAACGCUGGAAUUGUGUGUUGUUCGCUCAUUGAAAGAACAUGUGAAAUAGUGAUAAGCGUUGCAGAAAGAUUUAUACCACUUACCGCAUAAAUGUACACAUGCUAAUACGUGAUACGCAAACGGGCUUCUGAAAACAAAGGGGAUAGGACGGAAUUGAACAACAAGCACUGGCAGCACAGACAGCACACACGAAGACGUAUAACAAAUUGUGAAUUUAUACGAGUGGAUUUGUAUAGUAUAUAUCUAGACGUGCAAGAAGCGAUUUGUUUUGUACUCGAUUGCGGUCCUUUGCUAAGAGAAGAGCGCUCAUAUGGUUUUUUUUUGUAUAAGUAAAGCACACCAACAUACACACCCACAAAAUACCUUCACACCGAGUGAUACACACUUAAACAUUAACGAAAAUGGGAAGAGAAAUGCAGUAGAAGAAGAAAAAUUAUGAAAAAGCAAACAUUUACACAAAAA